AUGGCGCGGGCCAAGCUGCCGCGCUCGCCGUCCGAGGGCAAGGCGGGCCCGGGGGGCGCCCCGGCCGGCGCCGCGGCCCCUGAGGAGCCGCACGGGCUCAGCCCGCUGCUGCCGGCCCGCGGCGGGGGCUCCGUGGGCAGCGACGUGGGCCAGAGGCCCCACGUGGAGGAUUUCAGCCUGGAGUCCUCCCUCUCUCAGGUCCAGGUGGAGUUCUACGUGAAUGAGAACACAUUCAAGGAGCGGCUCAAACUGUUCUUCAUCAAAAACCAAAGAUCCAGCCUGAGGAUCCGGCUGUUCAACUUCUCCCUGAAGCUCCUCACCUGCCUGCUCUACAUCAUCCGGGUCCUGCUGGACAACCCGGCCCUGGGCAUCGGAUGCUGGGGCUGUGUGAAGCAGAAGUACACCUUCAAUGGCUCCUCCUCUGAGAUCAACUGGGCCCCAAUCCUGUGGGUGGAGAGGAAGAUGGCUCUGUGGGCGAUUCAGGUCAUCGUGGCCACAAUAAGCUUCCUGGAGACCAUGCUCCUCAUCUACCUCAGCUACAAAGGCAACAUCUGGGAGCAGAUCAUCCGAGUGUCCUUCAUCCUAGAGAUGGUCAACACACUGCCCUUCAUCAUCACGAUCUUCUGGCCACCGCUGCGGAACCUGUUCAUCCCGGUGUUCCUCAACUGCUGGCUGGCCAAGCACGCACUGGAGAAUAUGAUCAACGACUUCCACCGUGCCAUCCUGAGGACCCAGUCGGCCAUGUUCAACCAGGUCCUGAUCCUCUUCUGCACCCUGCUGUGCCUCGUGUUCACGGGGACCUGUGGCAUCCAGCACCUGGAGCGAGCUGGCGAGAACCUGAACCUGCUCACCUCCUUCUACUUCUGCAUCGUCACCUUCUCCACGGUGGGCUACGGCGAUGUGACGCCCAAGAUCUGGCCGUCCCAGUUCCUGGUGGUCAUCAUGAUUGGCGUGGCACUGGUGGUGCUCCCACUGCAGUUUGAAGAGCUCGUCUAUCUCUGGAUGGAGCGGCAGAAGUCUGGGGGCAACUACAGCCGCCACCGCGCACAGACGGAGAAGCACGUGGUGCUGUGUGUCAGCUCCCUCAAGAUCGACCUCCUCAUGGACUUCCUGAAUGAGUUCUACGCCCACCCCCGGCUCCAGGACUACUACGUGGUCAUCCUUUGCCCCACUGAAAUGGACGUCCAGGUACGCAGGGUUCUGCAGAUCCCCUUGUGGUCUCAGCGGGUCAUCUACCUCCAGGGCUCUGCCCUCAAGGACCAAGACCUCAUGCGGGCCAAGAUGGACAAUGGGGAGGCCUGCUUCAUCCUGAGCAGCAGGAACGAGGUGGACCGCACAGCCGCAGACCACCAGACCAUUCUGAGGGCCUGGGCCGUUAAGGACUUCGCCCCCAACUGCCCUCUCUACGUCCAGAUCCUCAAGCCUGAGAACAAGUUUCACGUUAAGUUUGCUGACCACGUGGUGUGCGAGGAAGAGUGCAAGUACGCCAUGCUGGCCCUGAACUGCAUCUGCCCAGCCACCUCCACCCUCAUCACCCUGCUGGUGCACACGUCCCGCGGCCAGGAAGGACAGGAGUCACCGGAGCAGUGGCAGCGCAUGUACGGACGCUGCUCCGGCAACGAAGUCUACCAUAUCCGCAUGGGCGACAGCAAGUUCUUCCGCGAGUACGAGGGCAAGAGCUUCACCUACGCGGCUUUCCACGCCCACAAGAAGUACGGCGUGUGCCUCAUCGGGCUGAAGCGAGAGGACGACAAGAGCAUCCUGCUGAACCCAGGGCCGCGGCACAUCCUGGCCGCCUCCGACACCUGCUUCUACAUCAACAUCACCAAGGAGGAGAACUCGGCCUUCAUCUUCAAGCAGGAGGAGAAGCAGAAGAAGGGGCAGGGGCUCUACGAGGGGCCCUCCCGCCUGCCGGUGCACAGCAUCAUCGCCUCCAUGGGGACAGUGGCCAUGGACUUACAGAACACAGAGUGCCGUCCCUCGCAGAGUGGUGGGGGCGGCGGGGGCAACAAGCUGAUGGUGCCCACGGAGAACGGCUCAGGCAGCCGUCGGCCCAGCAUAGCCCCGGUCCUGGAGCUGGCAGACAGCUCGGCCCUGCUGCCCUGUGACCUGCUGAGUGACCAGUCUGAGGAUGAGGUGACGCCCUCAGAUGACGAGGGGCUCUCCGUGGUCGAGUACGUGAAGGGCUACCCCCCCAACUCGCCCUACAUCGGCAGCUCCCCCACUCUGUGCCACCUCUUGCCCGUGAAAGCGCCCUUCUGCUGUCUUCGUCUUGACAAGGGCUGCAAGCACAACAGCUAUGAGGAUGCCAAGGCCUACGGGUUCAAGAACAAGCUCAUCAUCGUCUCGGCCGAGACCGCCGGCAACGGGCUCUACAACUUCAUCGUGCCCCUGCGGGCCUACUACCGCUCACGCAAAGAGCUCAACCCCAUCGUGCUGCUACUGGACAACAAGCCUGACCACCACUUCCUGGAGGCCAUCUGCUGCUUCCCCAUGGUCUACUACAUGGAGGGCUCUGUGGACAACCUGGACAGCCUGCUGCAGUGCGGCAUCAUCUACGCGGACAACCUGGUGGUGGUGGACAAGGAGAGCACCAUGAGCGCGGAGGAGGACUACAUGGCCGACGCCAAGACCAUUGUCAACGUGCAGACCAUGUUCCGGCUCUUCCCCAGCCUCAGCAUCACCACGGAGCUCACCCACCCUUCCAACAUGCGGUUCAUGCAGUUCCGUGCCAAGGACAGCUAUUCUCUGGCUCUCUCCAAACUCGAAAAGCGGGAGCGGGAGAAUGGCUCCAACCUGGCCUUCAUGUUCCGCCUGCCCUUCGCUGCGGGACGGGUCUUCAGCAUUAGCAUGUUGGACACGCUUCUGUAUCAGUCCUUCGUGAAAGACUACAUGAUCAGCAUCACCAGGCUGCUGCUGGGCCUCGACACCACCCCAGGCUCCGGCUACCUCUGCGCUAUGAAGAUCACGGAGGACGACCUGUGGAUCCGCACCUACGGCCGCCUCUUCCAGAAGCUCUGCUCCUCCAGCGCAGAGAUCCCCAUCGGCAUCUACAGGACCGAGUGUCAUGUCUUCACCUCCGAGCCCCAUGACCUCAGAGCCCAGUCCCAGGUCUCAGUGAACGUGGAGGACCGUGAAGACACACGGGAGGUCAAGGGGCCCUGGGGCACACGGGCCCGUCCUGGUAGUGGCCACGGCUGCCACACGAGCAGUGGCGACCCUGCCGAGCACCCGCUUCUGCGGCGCAAGAGCCUACAGUGGGCCCGGAAGCUGAGCCGCAGGGGCACCAAGCGCACAGGGAAGGUACCCGCGGCCACCGAGUGGGUCAACCAGCAGCGGCUCAGCCUCUACCGGCGUUCCGAGCGCCAGGAGCUCUCUGAGUUGGUCAAGAACCGCAUGAAGCACCUGGGGCUGCCCACCACUGGCUACGAGGACGUAGCAAAUCUAACAGCCAGUGAUGUCAUGAAUCGGGUAAACCUGGGAUAUUUGCAAGACGAGAUGAAUGAUCAGCAGAACACCCUCUCCUACGUCCUCAUCAACCCCCCGCCUGACACGAGGCUGGAGCCCAACGACAUUGUGUAUCUCAUUCGCUCCGACCCUCUGGCCCACGUGGCCAGCAGCUCCCAGAGCCGGAAGAGCAGCUGUAGCAACAAGCUGUCCUCCUGCAACCCAGAGACUCGAGACGAGACCCAGCUCUGAGCCACCUUGAGGAACCCACACCAGGGCAUCCUUUGGACCUUGUGCCCUGCCUGGGGUCCAAAGGAAGGACUCAGGAGGGAGCAGCACAGAUACCGUUACUGGCCUGGCCCAGGGAGGCUAUACUUCAUUCAGGGUGGCUCCCAGGACUUGACCCCAGAAAGAACUCCUCACCCCAGGGCCAGGCGCGGAACCAGAUCAGGCACCCUAGAGGCUAGCGGGAAACGUUUUUAAUCUAUUUUUACAAACCUGUACUGUCCAUGUCUCUAUACAGAUGUACCGCAACUCGUGACCGGGGCCUGGUCAAGGUGAAGGGCAGGUGGCCAGUAGGGGACAGAGGGACUGGACACCACCUGGGUCCCACUGCUCUACAUGGCCAUGUUCAGGCAUUGCUGGAGGGACUGGGGUGCAUCGGGUGGGGAAGAGUUCGUGUCUGGACCCUGGAGCGGGGGAGUCCCGCACAGUCCUGCUGGUGCUGAACAGUCGGCGUGAUCUCGUGGCCUCCACCCCCGCUCAGUGCCCUCCUGACUUCGGCAUGGCUCUGAGGCACAGCCCUCAUAAAGGGCAACCAGGGGGUGCUCUCUGCCAUCUGCUAUUCUGAGCUAUCCCCAGGAGGGCAAAGAAAGAGGAGGGUCUUGAAGGCUGAGCCAGGGGUGUGCAGCCCCCAGGCUGUGGGGGCCCUUGCUGGCAGAUCUGGCAGGUGGGGGUACCUACUGCCAGUAACUGAAAGUCAGAAGACACCAGUUCCUAUUUUUACACUGAGUUUUUCCAGCCAUGGCGUUUGGGGACACUGUGACAGUGUGUCUCUAUGGACCAUUUUACAUUUCAAAGCAAAGUCUUGUUUCUAAACACCCAACCUGAGAAGCACAAUUAGCCCUGGGCUGCUGGCUGCUGUCCCCAGGGUCUCCAGGGAAUCCUCGGGCAGAGAUCUGGGCAGCCCCCGCCCCUGCUGCUAGACCUCACUGCUUACAUGGAUGCACUCUGUAGGCAGCACGUCACCAGAUAGCCUGCCCCAGGCUCCAGGCUCUGAGUCUGGGUCUGGAGGACACCUGGGGCUAGUUACAAGGGUCAGAAAUGUCUGCUGUGGUCCCCACCCCCAACUUUACAGGCAAGCCUGUCCCCCAGCCUGGCCAGCAUGCCCUUACAUAAUGCUGGGUUGGGACAGAUGGGAAGUUUGGCUGGUAGAAGCCCCAGUGUCCUGGAGGCUUCCUGGUGAGCUGUCCAUCAGCCUCACCCCUAUCAUCCCAGAAUGCCUCUGGAGUGACCCUGAGCACCCCAGUCUUGUGGGGUGGACACAGCUCAUCUGAGACCAAUAGCUGCUGGGGACCCCGUCCACUGGGGGCCAGAGCUGAGCCCAGUGGGGCUGUGUGCACCUCACUGUGUCCAUUUUGUGCACUGCAGAGGUUGAGAUAAAGGGGAAGGGCCUGGGCACAGCUCACCCCCAGCAUCAGGACAGAUGGCUCCCCAGAGGUGGGCAGGCAGCUCAGGGACUACAGAAAACUGCGUGGGAGGCCUGGCUGGCAGGGUGCCACACACCUGGGGCUCAGCCUCCCCACCCUGCGCACUGGCCCACCAGGGGCCUGCCUGCUCAGAAAGUGCCUGGGUGAGGCGCUGACAAGGACAGAGGGAUGCACGUGGGCAGGGAGGGACUGUGCAGACUCAGGAGCAGGGAAGUCUUGGGGCUUGAUGGAGGGCAGGUGGUUGACGUUGGCUAGGUGGCCAGAGCUCAGCCGUGCUGUACUAGAUCUGUCAGCAGCUCCUGGGGUGCCGCAGUGGACAGCAAGGGGUCUGAGCCCACCUCCAUGUAUACUCAGUGUCCCCAGCCCCUAUCCUACUGCCAUGGCCCAGCUUCCUGCUGUCACCUAUUUGGCUGCUGGGCCAAGGGGUGGGAGAGCCACCUUGGCUUCUACUAGGUGGGGCUGCAGCGCCUUGUGCUGUAAAGAGUGGGUACCUGGGACUCAUCCUGUGACAAGCAUCUCACAGCAGGAGGGAGGGCUGUCACUCUGGGUCUAGCCCCAUUCAAGGUGAUGGGCAAUCCAUGAACCUCUGCUAGCCACUGAGGACACUGGGCCCUUGACCAGGGCUGCUCCACCCUGCCCAGGUUCAGAGGCUGCUGUGGACCCGGCCAGCACUGGGGUCAGGAGGGUCUGUGUACUGUGAGAUGCUCCUAGACCAAUAAAAGCUGCCUGCACACCCAGAACUUCCUGCACUCUGUCUCGACCUCCAUCUCUGUCUCCAGGCCCGGGGACACGUGGGUACGUCUCUGGUUGUCCUGGGUCCAUUUGCCAACACCCCUGGCUUGUGUAGUCCUGGCACCAAGGAGGUCAGUCCUACUCCUCUGUCCUCACUGACCGCUGGUACUCAAGGGUCCUAACUCUGAUGAACCCCUCGGAAGACACCCAUUCUGCUAAGUGGGGGAUCCAGACUGACCAUCA